ACUAUCUAUUUUCAUGUUCCAUAAUUAGAAAAUGGGAUGUAGAUGCUAUUUUUAGUAAAAUUGAUGUUUUUCUGGGUGAUUAAGGUAUAAAAGGUGAGCUAAGUGGCAUAAACUUAACAUUUUUCGAUGCCAGGGGACGUCAUUCAUCUCAAUGUUGGAGGGAAAAGGUUUUCAACAUCAAGACACACUCUGAUAUGGAUUCCAGAUUCAUUUUUUACAAGUAUGCUGAGUGGGAGAAUAUCAUCCCAAAUGGAUGAAACUGGGGCUAUUUUCAUUGAUCGAGAUCCAGUGAUAUUUUCUGUGAUACUAAACUUUAUGAGAACAAAGGAGGUGGACUUUGGAAAUGUUGACAUAUCAGCACUAAGACAUGAGGCAGAAUUUUUUGGCAUUACACCUCUAGUGAGUAGACUGACUCUAUGUGAAGACCUAGAACAUGCAUCUUGUGGUGAUGUUUUAUUCCAUGGUUAUCUCAACCCACCAGAACCACCUCUACCUCCUCCAUCAGCAGAGAAAAAGAGACAUUCCACUUCUGUUGUUGAUCUGGUAGGAGCAACAGGGGGUCAGGGUGCCUGUGCCAGAAGUCCAGGAUCUGUAUCAAGACAUGAUGCUGAGAGUGCAAGGUCCUCCCGCCCGGUGUCAGAGAUGUGUGUAACCGUCCAGUCAGGUGAACACAGACAGGUUCGACCAGCCUCAGAGGUUCUGCUUUGUCACUCAGCUGUUCUGGACAAAAUGCUUAUCCACCACAGUACAUGUCAUGACGAACCUUUGAAGGUUACCAUGGUUAGAGGUCAUCACAAUUGGCUGUGUGUUGCUUAUCCACAUUUUGUAUGCUGCUUCAGAAUGAAGGAUACAGCAGGCUGGCAGUUAAGAUGGACAAGUCCCUACAUGGAGGAUGUUGUAGAGAGAGUAGCUAUUAAUGCCAAAGUUUUAAAUCCUGAAAAUCCCAACAAAAUGGUGGCAGCAGCAAUGGGCAACAUGAUACAGCUCUGGAGUGUGGCAGACGAUGGAACAAGCAGGGAGAUUGGGAAGUUCAGUCUGAAUGUGUCGGUAGACUCCUUAUUCUUCAUUGGUAGUCAGCUGGUGGCCCUGAGUCAGACAGGGAAGGUGGGGGUGUGGCACGCCAUGAGUCAGCACUGGCAGAUCCAGGAUGUAGUUCCAGUUUCCAGCUAUGAUACAGCAGGCUCUUUCUUGCUGCUGGGCUGUGAAAAUGGCUCCAUCUAUUAUAUAGACAUGCAGAAGUUCCCUCUACGUAUGAAGGACAAUGACCUGUUGGUGACGGAGCUGUAUAAGGACCCAUCAGGGGACAUGGUCACUGCUCUCAGUGUAUAUCUAACACCCAAAACUAGCAUCAGUGGUAAUUGGAUAGAGAUAGCAUAUGGCACCAGCUCUGGGACAGUUAGAGUCAUUGUCCAGCACCCAGAGACAGUGGGCAGUGGUCCCCAGUUAUUUCAGACCUUCACAGUUCACAGAAGUCCGGUCAUCAAGGUGAUGCUAUCAGAAAAACACCUAGUCUCAGUAUGUAGUGAGUACAAUCAUGUCAGAACCUGGAGUGUGACUCGCUUUCGAGGAAUGAUCUCCACCCAGCCUGGAUCCACUCCCCUGGCUUCAUUCAAGAUCGUCUCUUUAGAAGACGUUGAUCCUAUUGUCAGUUACUCAGCUAGCAAUGACAUUGGUCCUUAUGGUGAACAAGACGAUCAGCAAGUUUUCAUUCAAAAAGUUGUACCUGAAACAAAUCAGCUAUUUAUCAGACUUUCAUCCAAUGGUCAAAGAGUGUGUGUCAUAAAGUCAGUAGAUUCCUUCAAUGUGAGUGCCUUUUGUGUUCAUGAGUGUGAGGGCUCAAACCGCAUGGGGUCUAGACCACGCAGGUACCUCUUUACAGGUCAUUCCAAUGGGGCAAUUCAGAUGUGGGAUUUGACUACAGCACUUGAUAAAAUGGUUAAAAGUGACCAAGGUACUGUAAAAGAUGGUGGACCAACUGCAAAAGAGUUAGUGAAGCUGUUGGAACAAUGUGACCUUUCUUCUUCAAGGUCACCCACUCCCUAUGUGAGCCCCGCUCCCUCUGUGUGUAACAUUGCACCAUCUCAGCUGGGCCCGACCACAGGUCCCUGGGUGAAGCAGUCAGAGACAGAUACAGAAAGAGAAGGGGCCACAGGAGGGGACUACAUGGAAACUGUGGAAACAGACACACAGAUAACUCGAAUAUAGUGGAUGUCCGAGACCAGAUGACCUCAUGAAAUGAACAAUCCAUUCCCAAGUUUUAACUACAUAGGAAAGGUGUAUAUAUAAAGGCUGUGUUGAAUCUGAUUUUAACAAUGCAUAUCAGAUUGUAAAUAUGUAAACAUGUACUUGUAUUUACAAUGCUACUUGUCAUUGCUAUGAAAGCUUAUGAACACUCUAGUCUUGCGCUUUGUUGCUAUGAACGCUAGUCUUAAGUACAGUGUUAUAAUCAAUUUCCAUGAGAAUUACUAUGAAUAUGCAAACUUUUCAGUUCACCGUUGUAAGGUGGACUGGUGUAUAGGAAAACAUGGAUGGAAGUCAGAGAUCUGAAGAAUUCCUUUUCUCCUUGCUUUUGUUUUUUAUUUCCUCUGUUGUAAGUGUUUUAGAGAGGUUUACAAAUGUAAGUUACAUUUUUUUCCUCUUAAACAUGACACUGUGAUCAUAUUUUGUAUUUUUUAUUAUACCUAUUGUUUUACAAUCGAUCAUAAUUGUUUUACUAUCAGCUGUUUUUCCAAUAAAAUUAUUAGCAAACAA